AUGCUCGAAGAAUUAAUAAAACGGGUCGAGUCCGGUGAAAAGAAGAUAGAGGCGAAAGACAAGAAGGUGGAGAACAACAACUCGAGAGUCGAUCAGAUUCUGAGGGCUCCACCAGUGUUGAAGGGACCGGAUUCGAAAAUGUUUGUUCAAAUGUUGUUUCCGCCGAGUGCGGCACCGAUGAAAAUCCCCAAGAGAUUUCGCAUGCCCGAUAUCCCAAGGUACAAUGGGACAAUGGACCUAAAUGAGCAUGUGAAUGCGUAUACCUGUGCUAUUAAGAGCAAUGAUCUCACCGAUGAUGAAAGGGAAUCAGUGCUACUUAAGAAAUUUGGGGAGACUCUGUCAAAGCGGCCUAUGAUUUGGUAUCAUAACUUGCCCGAGCACUCGAUUGAUUCAUUUACCAUGCUCGCUGAUGCUUUCGUUAAGGCCCAUGUCGGGGCCAUCAAGGUCGAAACUCGAAAAUCGAACUUGUUCAACGUUAAGCAACGAGAUGACGAGACCCUUCGCGAGUUUGUGCCUCAAUUUCAAAUGGAGCACAUGGACUUACCUCCAGUUACUGAUGAUUGGGGCGUUCAGGCUUUCACCCAAGGGCUCAACUCGAGGAGCUCGAUCACAUCUAUGGAGCUAAAACAAAACCUGAUAGAAUACCCGGCGAUCGCCUGGGCUGAUGUACACAACAGGUAUCAGUCGAAGAUCAGGGUCGAAGAUGGUAAGAUUCUGAGGGUUGCUUCAGUAUCAUGGCAUUCCGGUAAAGGGAGUGAUCGCUCGAGGAAAGUGAUAGAUCGGUAUUCCAGAUCGUCAUACGAUAAGUACCAGCCUUACCCACUCGAUCGAAGGGGGAACGGGCGUAACAGCGAAUCGCGCAAGAAUGAUAGGAGAAACGAUCGAAGGAAUGAUCGACGCCAAAAUAGUCGUGGUUUGGUAAACAGAAAUGCUGUCGAUAGAGCUCCAGGAAAUAGAGAAAUUCCAAGGUUAUCCGAGUACAACGUUUGCGUCGAUGUAGCAACCAUAGCGGCGACAGUUAUCGGAAACAAAGAAACAAGACAUCUGAGGCUAAUCCAAUCUGACCCGGAGAAGCGGGAUAAAAGUCUUAUUUACUCCAAUAAGCAGGAUAGGCUGGAAGAGCCUCAGCAGGUGAUACACAUGAUUAUGGGAGGAACUGACGUUCCCAUUGGGUUGGAUAUAAAGCACGUAAAGAUUUCCAUAAUGAGGGAAAAGCGUAUCCGGAACGAUGACCCAGAUGGCCCCAUCACAUUCAAUGACAUGGAAGGCAUCGCCCAGCCGCAUAAUGACGCACUGGUAAUAUCUGUCCUUGUCAACAAGUUUAUAAUUAAACGUGUGCUGAUUGAUCCAGGUAGCUCCGCUAAUAUCAUCCUAUGGAGAGUCAUUGAACAACUGGGACUACUAGAUCAGAUUGUGCCGGCAAUACGAGUCCUCAACAGAUUCAACAUGUCAUGCGAAACAACAAAGGGUGAGAUCACUUUACCGAUCAGUAUGGCAGGAACUAAGCAAUAG